AUGUUCGCAAUCACCACCCCGCCCGCAAGGCAAUCGGCCAGUGAAACAAUAACAGUGUACUCCAGCCGCUUGACCUCUUCUACCCUUCUCGAAGACCGACGUGCUGCGAUACUGGGACUGCGGAGUUUUGCCAAAGAAUAUCCAGCAUCUGUGGCCUCGGAUGCUCUACGAGGGCUUAUCGGGUGUCUCAACAACGAUCGCGAAGAUGUUGAGACAGUCAAAAGCACUUUGGAAACACUGUUGAUGCUGUUCAACCCAAACGAGAACAGUCCCGAAGCCUCAGAAGAGAUCGCGUUAUGGCUGGCAGACGAGUUUACCCAACGCCAGGACAACAUCACCUUACUGCUGGACUUUUUAGAGUCUCAGGACUUCUACUCCCGACUCUAUUCACUGCAACUACUCUCUGCCAUCUUGGCGUCCCGGACAGAGAGAACAGAAGAAUGCAUAUUCACGGCACCGCUAGGAAUAUCAAGACUUGUGGCUGUACUGGAUGACAGGCGAGACGCUAUUCGAAAUGAAGCAUUGUCAUUGCUUACCUAUCUCACACCAACUUCUACAGAACUCCAGAAACGAGUUGCAUUUGAAGAUGCAUUUGAUCGAAUAUUCAAUAUAAUAAAGGCGGAGGGUUGUCUCGUUGAGGGUGGCAGGAUAGUCGAAGAUUGCUUGAUUCUACUUGCGAAUCUUCUACGCCUAAACCCUUCAAAUCAAUCAUUUUUCAGGGAAGCAGGCUGUGUCUCCAAAGUCGCCUGGCUACUCAGUGAUGCUGCCCACAAGCAGGACAAGGACUUUGAGGAAGCUGAAUGGGCAAAGACUCAGAAAAACAGAAACAUAUAUGCCCUGCUAGCAGUGUUGAGGUUGUUCCUCGUAACUGGUGGCGUUGGUACACAUGCAAACCAGGAGUCAUUUUCAAGUCAAGGGGUCUUAGACCAAGUUUUGCAAUUGGCAUUCAACCACUCAACAGAAACCCAAAUCAAAGCCGAGGCUUUGACAACAUGUGCAGAUCUGAUUCGUGGGAAUCCAAGCCUCCAAGAAAGAUUUGCGGAACAUUCAGUCACUUCGGUUCUUGACGAACCUUCUGAGAAUGGAGAUAAAGGCCCUUCGAAAGUAGGAGUUCCCAAGGUCUAUGUUAUAGACGGCUUACUGGACCUGACAUUAAGCGUACCACUCAUGAACACUUUCGACUCCAGACUUGCGGCAUGCGAAUGCAUCAAAGCCUAUCUCUAUAAUCACCAGCUUAUUCGAAAGCACUUCUUACGUCGCGCUAUUGAGGGUCAUAAUGCAGGAGCUGAUGAAACUGCAAAUGUCUUGACAGCCCUUCUACUGCCACUUGAUAGCCAAGCUUCAAGCGACCCAUAUCGAUAUUGGUUUGCAGCAGUAAUUCUCUUUCAUCUGGUCUAUGAGGAUCCAGAUGCAAAAAGCCUCGCCAUGAGCGUUGCCGAUGGUGAUGCGUCUCAAGGUGAAGAAGUAGUGACAUGCCUUCAGACCCUGACUGGUAAUCUCAUCAUUGGAUUCCAGAAGAAUACAGAUGAGCGGAUAUUGGUGGCUUACUUAAUGUUGCUUUGCGGAUGGCUGUUUGAAGAUCCAGACGGUGUCAAUGAUUUCCUUGGCGAAGGUAGCAAUCUUCAAAGUUUAGUUCAGGCAGUUUCCAGCAGCGUUGGAGACGGUGUACUUGUACAGGGGCUAUGCGCUAUCCUUCUUGGAAUCGUAUACGAGUUCUCAACGAAGGACUCCCCGGUUCCUAGAGCAACUAUACACCCAAUACUGGCCUCCCAAAUGGGUCGGGACAGGUACAUCGAUACGCUGACCAAGUUGAGAAACCACCCGCUGUUACGAGAUUUUGAAGUCCUCCCGCAGAAGCUCAGUUCAGCACCGAUUGGAGGCUUACCCGAAGUGUUUUUCGAUUCCACCUUUGUCGACUUUGUCAAAGAUAAUUUCAGUCGCCUACGUCGGGUCAUCGACCGGGAUCCUGGAAUUGAAGUCCCAGUCGUUGCCAACGGUAUUCAAAAGGGCAUUUCUCGUGAGAUGGUUGACACUUUGAGAUCCCAGCUCGAAGAGAAAGACAAGGCGUUGCAAAAGGCGCAGGAUGAGCUACUCUCACUGGGUAGACAGUUGGGACAGGAACAGGCAGAUCACCGCAGGGAUAAAGAGACAUUCGUUAUUGAGCUCGACAGGAUCAAGAAUAUUAAUGAGGCAUUGCAGCGGAAUCACGAGCAUGAUGUGAUGAAAUUACAAGCCGAGCAAACACGGUUAAUUCAAGACCAUCAGCGACAACUCGAACAUAUCCAGAAGGCGUCUGAUACCAACGCAGACCGAACACGGAAACGCACCGAGGCAGAAAUAGCAGAUCUCCAGAACAGGAUCACUAAGUUGGAGGCCGAUCUCACAAAAGCCAACAAAGACCAUCUCCAGGAUCUUCAAACUGCAAACCUCGAGUACGAAACAAACCGGACAGAACAAGCAGCACGUCUACAGCGCGCUGAAGAAAAAGCCAGGGAGUUUGAGACACGAAUUGAUACUGCCACCGAAGAUGCUUCUAGGGCUGCAGCAUCGUUGGCUGAGAAGGAAAAAGAGAAGCAGGCGGUUCAGGGCGAGCUUGAUGAUCUGCUUAUGGUGUUUGGUGAUCUGGAAGAUAAGGUCACUAAGUACAAGGAUCAGCUUAAGGCGCUGGGAGAAAGCGUUUCCGAUGGAGAGGAGAAAGACGAAGAUGACGAAGAUGACGAAGGGGAAGAAGGGCGAUUUGACAGGACUCGUCGGACUGAGCAGAGUGCAGUCCGCAAGUACGGAGUUAUCGACAAUCUUUACGGCAUGAAAAAGUGGUCCCCCGGCUAG